UCAGAAGGAAGGUCCGUCCUUGAUCUCUACCUGGGGUGUGGCUAGAAGAGUCAUCCCUUUGCAGAUGAAUCCAGAAGAGGAGAGGAGCAGACGCUGUCCGGGGCUCCAAGGGAGGCAGCAAAGAUAAAGCAUUUUCCAGUUUCUUAGACGAAGAGUGAAGGAUUUAUCUCAAGAGCGAUAAAGCACUGCGAACAGAGUGGACUUUGGUUUACCAAGGCACGUGUCCUGCAUGCCUUUCUCACACGCAAACGAAUAUCCAUUGAUUGGGUUCAUGAUUCUUUCCUGGAGUAUUGCUACAGGUGGGUGAUUUGCUGGACCCCGAGGAGAAGGAAACCUUCCACGCCCAAGAUGUCCAGAGGCUCCGUGGCCGAAGCCACCCCACCGUCGUACCUUUCAGCCAGUCCCUUCCCUUUUGCAAAGAUGGAGGCGAGUGGACUCUCCGAGACUCUUUGGAACCACGGAAGCGUCACGGAUCCUGGCCUCUGGAACGGGUCCUCCGAGGGAGAUUUUAACCUUGAGUGGGACGACGGUGCCUUGGGAUCCUCCGACGUGUCCUUCGGCUUGAGAAUAUUCAUCACCGUGGUCUACUCGGCGGUCUGCGCAGGGGGACUGCUAGGAAACGGCCUUGUCAUGUCCUUGAUGUGGCGCCAGAGGAAAAGGGGACCCAUGCCUGUCAUCAACAUUUUCGUCUUCGCUUUAGCAGUGGCCGAUUUCCAGUUUUCCUUGACGUUGCCGUUCUGGGCGGUGGAAACCGCUUUGGAUUAUAGCUGGGUGUUCGGCCAGGCCAUGUGCAAAGUCAUCCCUUCCUUCACGGUCCUGAGCGUCUACAUCAAUGCUUUCUUGCUCACUGCCAUGAGUGUCACACGCUACUGGUCAGUGGCCUUGGCUAUCAAGGGUGGCUCGAGGCUGACCUCUGAGGGGGCCAAGUGGGUCAACCUGGCUCUCUGGACCCUGGCGCUGGGAGCCACGAUGCCCACCAUCAUCUAUGCAACAGUCGUGGACGUUGCCAAGGAGAAAUUAUGCAUUUUCAAGUUCCCCGCCCCUUACCUUUUGGGCGUCUACCACCUGCUGAGGGUGGUGGUGACUUUUGUGCUUCCGUUGUCCAUCAUCUCAACCUCCUACCUGCUCCUCAUCCGGUUCCUCGGGACUCAUCAUAGGAGAGGCGACCACUCAAAGAGGCAGAAGCAGGUGGCCACCACCAUACGUCUGAUUGUUGGUGGCUUCUUUCUCUGCUGGUUUCCUAACCACGUGGUUACCUUCUGGGGGGUUCUGGUCAAAUUCAAGGCUGUGUCUGUGGGCAAAAGCUUUUAUUUCCUCCACACGUACAUCUUCCCGCUUGCUACUUGCUUGGCUCACUCCAGCAGUUGUCUGAACCCCAUCCUUUACUGCCUGAUGCGCCGCGAGUUCCGGCAAGGGAUGAAGGACAUAUUUAGGAGAUUCUCCUCAAUGGCUUCCUCUUAUCGGCCUUUUUCUUCCCAGAAGCCUUGGGAGGACGUUGUGGUUCUGCCUCUGAGUCCAGCGGUAAAUGCCCGUGAUCCUCAAAUGAGAGGAAAAGAAGACUCCACUUUCUCCACUAUUUUGGAGCCAGGAGCCGCAGUACGAAACCUGAGCCUGGAGAUGAUGCCAGGGGUCGAAACGCCAUUGUGA